AUGAGUGAUAAGAUUAAUACUGUUUCUAAAACGGUGGAGAUAGAAGAGGAUCGAGCAGCUGAUUUAGAUCAAGCACUUGCAGUAGCAGGUGUUGGUAUUUACAACAUAAAGUACUGUUUGGUUUUGGCGCUAUUCCUCAUCGCUCCCAUAAUUGAGACUGUGGGAUACUCCUUCGUGCUACCAGCAGCAAUUUGCGAUCUGAACAUGACUACUAGUCAGAGAGGAUUCGUUUCUUCUAUACCUUACAUAGGUAUCGUCUUGACAGCGUUCCCAUGGGGUUAUUUUGUUGACACUAAGGGGCGAAAAUGGGUUCUCAUAUACAGUUCCUUGAUGUCGGGCGUCUUAAGCGUAGUGUCUGGAUUCAUGCCGGACCUAAUAACGUUUGCACUUUUUAAAUUUCUGACCUCACUUUGCAUAGGAUGCCCAGCAGCAGUGCCUUACACAUAUAUCGGCGAAAUUGUUCCCGGAAAAUACAAAGAUCUCAUACUCUCCGUCACUAAUUCCAUGCAGAUACUGGGUUCAGCACUAGUGCCACUAUUCGCAUGGGCAAUACUUCCUCUAGACUUUCGAGUAGACUUUGGGUCGUAUAUAUUCCGACCCUGGCGUCUUCUUACCAUGGUUUAUGGACUUUUGUUUAUACUAGCACCUUGUAUAUUAGCAUUCGGCCCCGAAAGUCCUAAAUAUUUGGUGUCACAAGGAAGAUAUGAUGAAGCUCUACAAGUUUUACGUACUAUUUAUACAGGAAAUACCAAGAAGUCACCAGAUGACUAUCCCAUAAAAAGAUUAGCAGUACCACCGGACCAAAUAAAGAAAACAACUUUUGUGAAAUCUUUAAAAGAACAGAGUUGGCCCUUAUUGAAACCGCCAUAUUUAAAAUGGAUGUGCUUAAAUGGAUUUUUGCUUUUUGGUGUAUGCUCUGUAUUAAAUGGUCUCUAUAUGUGGGUCCCAGACAUAUUAAACCGGGUAUUAACAGGAGGCGGGGAAGGAAAGACUGCAUGUCAAGUUAUCUUAGACAGACUAGAAGAGCUUACACCAGAAGACGCACCAUGCGUUGACACAAUAGAAUCUGUAACUUUUGUCAUAAAUUCCGUAGCCAAUGUCAGUUGUGCAGCAAUAGCCAUUGUAGUCAGUAGUACAGUCAAAAUCAUUGGCAAAAAGUUACUACUUAAUUUGAUUUUCGCAAUAAUUGGCAUAUUCAGCAUACUGAUCAACUUUAUAACUCAAGAUAUGGUAUUUGCUGUGCUGCUAUCUUCGUUGCCUCUUAUGGGUCUAGCCAUCGGACCUAUCAACGCCUACGCAGUGGAUAUAUUCCCAACAAAUCUAAGGGGCAUGGCAGUGAGCUUAAGUAUGAUGGUAGGUCGAAUGGGCUCCAUCUUCGGUACUAACGUGGCAGGUGUUCUUAUUAAUGCGGUGUGUGAAGUAACAUUUUAUUUCUUUGGAGGUUUACUUCUCCUUUGCAGUCUACUCUCAUUGUUACUACCCGGAACCAAAAAAUCUGUUCCCGAAAAAUCUGUUAAAGAAAUUACAACUAGAUUAUAA